AUGGUAAUAACUGAAGGUCAGGGUUGGGAAUGUCCAAGGGAACCUUAUGAAGUCAAAGCCUGGAUAUGUGCAAAGACAGGUGACGGAAAAGUGAUUGUUACCCGUACUCAAGGAGAGCCAUUUUUCUUUAAUUUUGGAAAGUCGGAGGUACCUAAAGGUCUUGAGAUGGGAAUUGGUACAAUGACACGUGAAGAGAAGGCAGUAAUAUAUGUCACCAGUCAGUACAUAACUACAUCUCCUUUUCUGCCUGCGGUAGAAGGUCUUGAAGAAGUUCAUUUUGAAGUGGAGCUUGUCCACUUUAUUCAGGUGCGUGACAUGCUUGGGGAUGGGCGUCUGAUUAAACGGCGUAUUCGUGAUGGAAAAGGUGGGGUGAGUUUCCUAUGGAUUGCCCUCUUCAAGACAGCCUACUACGCGUCCAUUACAAGGGCAUGCUUCAAAAUGAAGAAAAGACAAUCUUCUUUGAUACAAGAGUUGAUAACCAUGGUCAGCCUUUGGAGUUCUGUUCUGGAGAAGGCCUUAUGGCUGAUUUGCAUAAUGGAAUUGAAGCUAGUUGUUAACCUUGUGCCUGAGGGAUUUGAAAUGUGUGUUCGUUUGAUGGUGCCUGAAGAGAUAGCUCUCGUCACAUGUCCUCCUGAUUAUGCAUACGACAAGUUCCCUAGGCCAGCUAAUGUUCCUGAAGGUGCUCAUGUUCAAUGGGAAAUCGAGCUUCUUGGUUUUGAGAUGCCAAAGGAUUGGACUGGUUUGAACUUUCAAACAAUAAUGGAAGAAGCAGAGAAAUUAGAAACACGGUAUAAACUCAUUGCAUCAAAGUUCUGUUUGUGUGUGUACGUGCACAAUUUCGUGGUUGCUCAUAUGUACCAAGUUUUUCUAGUGGGAAACAGGCUAUUCAAAGAAAGAAAGUUUGAACUUGCUAAGGCAAAGUAUGACAAGGUGCUACGGGAAUUUAAUCAUGUUAAUCCACAAGAUGAUGAAGAAGGGAAAAUAUUUUCAAAUACAAGGAAUUUGUUACAUCUGAAUGUGGCUGCAUGCUACCUGAAGAUGGGAGAGUGCAGAAAAUCCAUAGAGACAUGCAACAAGGUUUUAGAAGCAAACCCUGGACAUGUCAAGGCUCUCUACCGGCGAGGAAUGGCCUACAUGACAGUUGGAGAUUUCGAGGAAGCAAAGAGUGACUUCAACACGAUGAUUAAACUUGACAAGUCAACUGAACCUGAUGCAACAGCUGCUCUGAUAAAAGUAAAGCAGAAGGAACAGGAAGUGGAGAAGAAGGUGCGGAAACAAUUUAAAGGACUAUUUGACAAGAAGCCAGGGGAAAUUGCAGAGGCUGGAACUGAAGAUGUAGACGAGACUGCAGGUGAAAUCCACAAGAAUGAUGAUAAGGAAGAUUCUGACGGUGAUCAUUCAGACGAAUCUCAUGAAACCGCAGAUGACGCACCUAGAACUUCUUGGCUUUCUCGCCUCUGGCCUAGACGACUACUCGCAGCCCUCGGGCGGCCAGGAUGCACCAUUUUGUAG